GCUGCGGGGUCGGAGCGGAGGCGGGGAGCGCGCUCCAUCCACAGCCUCUGCCCAGCCAGCGAGCGAGCGAGCGGAGCAGAGCGAGCGAGCAUAGCCAUGGCUACGAGGGUGCUGACCAUGAGCGCCCGGCUGGGGCCGGUACCGCAGCAGCAGCAGCAGCCGCCCCAGGACGAGCCCGUAUUCGCCCAGCUCAAGCCCGUGCUAGGAGCCGGGAACGCGGCCCGGGAAGCGGCGCUCUUCCCGGGGGAGGAGAUGAAGCACCCGCACCACCAUGCCCACCAUCCCCAGCAGGCGCAGCAGCAGCAGCAGCAGCAGCAGCCGCCCCAGCCGCAGCAGCAGCAGCAGCAGCCCCAGCCCGGGAGCACCAGGCUCCCGGCCGAGGAGCUGGUCCAGACGAGAUGUGAAAUGGAGAAGUAUCUGACACCUCAGCUUCCGCCAGUUACUAUCAUCCCAGAGCAUAAGAAGUACAGGAGAGACAGUGCCUCAGUUGUAGACCAGUUCUUCACGGACAGUGAAGGGUUACCUUACAGUAUCAACAUGAACGUCUUCCUCCCUGACAUCACCCACCUGAGAACUGGCUUGUACAAAACUCAGAGACCGUGUGUAACCCACAUCAAGACAGAACCUGUGACCAUUUUCAGCCAUCAGAGUGAAACUACUGCCCCUGCGCCUGCCCCAGCCCCCACCCAGGCUCUUCCUGAAUUCACCAGUAUAUUCAGCUCACACCAGACUGCAACUCCAGAUGUGAACAACAUUUUCAUCAAGCAAGAACUUCCAACACCAGAUCUUCAUCUUUCUGUCACUCCCCAGCAGGGCCAGUUGUACCAACUUUUGAGUUCCCCGGAUUUAGAUAUGCCCAGUUCUACAAACCAGACAGCAGUAAUGGACACACUUAAUGUCUCCAUGCCAGCAGCCAUGGCAGGCCUUAAUACACUCACCUCAGCUGUUCCACAGACUGCAAUGAAGCAAUUCCAGGGUAUGCCCCCCUGCACAUACACAAUGCCAAAUCAGUUUCUUCCGCAGCAGGCCACUUACUUCCCUCCUUCACCACCAAGUUCAGAGCCUGGAAGUCCAGACAGACAAGCAGAGAUGUUGCAGAAUUUAACACCCCCUCCUUCUUAUGCUGCUACAAUUGCUUCUAAACUGGCAAUUCACAAUCCAAAUUUACCAGCCACCCUGCCAAUUAAUUCACAGAACAUCCAAACAGUCAGAUACAAUAGAAGGAGUAACCCAGAUCUAGAGAAGAGACGAAUCCACUACUGUGAUUAUCCUGGCUGCACAAAAGUUUAUACAAAGUCUUCCCAUUUAAAAGCUCACCUGAGGACUCAUACUGGUGAAAAGCCAUACAAGUGCACAUGGGAAGGAUGUGACUGGAGAUUUGCUCGCUCUGAUGAAUUAACACGUCACUACAGGAAACACACUGGAGCCAAGCCUUUUCAAUGUGCAGUGUGUAACCGGAGCUUCUCCCGCUCUGAUCACCUAGCUCUGCACAUGAAAAGACACCAGAAUUGAGAUGAACUGUUUCUUGAGGCUUGUCAGAGUCUAUGCAAUUCAUUAUUGAUGUUAUGCAGUUAGAUUUGGCAAAUUUUUAACUAUGAACUUACCAUAAAGAAAUUGAAAACUGGAAGUGUAUAUUUUGUAUAUUUAAGAGAUACCAGGGAAUAUGUUAUAUUAAUACCAAAGUGUUCAUUCAUUUUAAGAACCUGAUAUUGCUUGCUGUAAUAUAUAUGGCUUUAUUUGGCAGGUCUCAUCUCAAAACAAGUAGUCACAUCUCAACACCUUGAGUAUGUAGGUUUGGGUUUUUUUUGUUUUGUUUUAAAGGGAAGAAGGGAGGGAAAGGGAUUACAUUGGAAGGGGAUGGCGAACAUUCGCCUUGUUUUUACAUAAGCACCAUCAUUUAUUGUGACCCUCUUUAGAACACAAAUGAGUUGGCAGGCAUGGAAUGGAAUUAUAAAUUACAAUGUGUCAAGAUUUUACUUGGCAUUGAAUUAUUUUUAAAUGUUCUGGAAUUCUUUGAAGAAGCAAUGUAUGUGGAAAUUCACAAGCAGCCAUUGAACAAAUGUGUGGAGAUAUAUAUAUAUAUAUUUUUUUUUUUUUUAAAGGAUGUGUUGCAUAUAUUUGCUAUACAAAUUUUUGUAAAUGUGCAGAUCAACUCUAGGGAUUAUCACAAGUUAGGAUUCUUGUAGAAAAGUCAAAAGUUGCUGAUUUGAAGAUAACAAUAGUACAUUCACAUGGAAUUUGUUUUCAAGUUCCUUCUCCAAACACUAUCAACAUCACUUUA